AUGUCCUCGCAAGAAGCUAAGCUCCUUGGUGACUUCCUCCUGGCACCCGCUCCUCUACGCGACUUUGUCACACUACGCGACUUUACCGACAUCUUCCCCCGUACCCAUCGUGCGAAUCCGGCCGUCCAAGAUAUCUACCGGGAGCUCCACAGAUUGCGAGAGAAGGAAAUUGAACUUGUACGCCGAGAUAUCGCCGAUGAGGUCAAGCGGUCCAAGCAAUUGAGGCGCGAAUAUGCUCGCGAGAGACGUCAACUGGACAAUGCGACCGUAGCAGGACUGGACACUGUUACGCUUCAGAUGGAAGAAGAGUUGUCUGGGAGCAGUCGCAAGAAACCGCAUACGCUACAAACCGUCCACUCCGACAUCGAAGAGGCAUGCCAGAGCAUCGAGGCACAGAUUGCCGAAAUAGAGCAAGAAAAUAAUAGAGUCUUAGCUGAGGUUCAAGACGUGGUUGGCGCGCUCAGUGACCUUCGACAUGGCCGGUUCCCCUCCUCAGCCAGUGGUGAGGCUCUUGGAGAACAAGUCCUGACAACCCUCGGACGACUGGAAGCUGUCUGCGAGAAGCCUGCUUGA